AGUUCCAUCUCUGAAACCGGUGGCGUGCAAUAGUAACAGCUGAUUGAUUGUUUACAUUUGUUUUUUGGCGGCAUGGAAACCCCAUCUGGGUCAAGUAAAAACAUAUUUAAUAACACCGCCUGGGAUUUAACACAAAGGAAGCCAAAUAAAAUAUCUACAGGUACCCAAGGUAUGGAUCGACAUUUUGGAGGUGGAAUUUCAUUGGGACAUAUUACUGAACUGAUUGGAAAUUCGGGUACCGGUAAAACACAAAUGUGCAUGAAUCUUUGUCUAAGUGUACAAAUUCCAAAAACUGCUGGCGGAUUGGAGGGAAGCGCUUUAUUCAUAGAUACUCGGCAAGACUUUAACCCUCAUCGUUUGCUACAAUUAGCGACUGCAUUGGAAAGGCAAUAUGCUCACAAAGUACCUGACUUUAAAGCUCAUAAAAUGCUUCAAAAUGUUCACUAUGUUAGAUGCUCAAAUGAAGUUCAGUUGAUGGCCAGUGUUUUGAGUUGUCACUCGCACCUGGAAAAUCAUAAAAAUAUCAAGCUAAUUGUUAUUGAUUCUCUGGCGUUUACCCUGCGAAUGCUUGAAAAUAAAAGUAAGAUGUUUGAACUGCUAUUAGAGCUUCAUGAAAGCAUGAGAGAGUUGCAGCGAAAAUACAAAGUGGCUUGGGUGGUAACUAAUGUGCUUACAUAUCGCGUCAGCAAGGAGCGUUUCCGUCUUGUGCCCGCCCUGGGAGAUCUGCAUUCUCACCUGAUCAAUGAACGCAUCUGGUUUUCACGGAGCUGGCAGCGCUACGUGGGAAAGACAUGGGAAACGUGUCGGCUAAUUAAUUCACCCAGCUAAAGCCAAAUUUGA